UCCUGUCUGGAAGGGAAGGGGCCCGCAGAGGGGAGCAGGGCCAGCAGCAGCCAGGCACACCCCCGCCUUUCUCCCUCUCUCUCCUCCCUUCUGCUGGAAAAGCGAGGUAAUUGUGAGCCCAGGGUGGGGCGUGCUGGAUGGGGGCCGGCGUUGGAAGGGGUGACCCUGGGUCUGGGCCGCUUUACAGACUCACCCCUUUGUCCCAUUCCCUGGGCUCAAGGCUCCUCAAGGCCUCACUUCUGUCGCUAACUUUUUCAAACUAAGCCAGAACUCCCUCAGUGGGUUCUGAUCUCCGGAUCAGCCCCAGGAUUCCGUAGAAUCAGCAGCGGCGUCCCUUCCCUGCCCCCUUCCAGCUGUGCCUGCCCCUCACUGCCCUCACGGCACGCACAUUCUCAGUCGGCCUGGCCUGGGAUGUGGGCGGGAGCGGGGGAGGGGCCAAAAUGGGAAUGAAAGGACCUUUUUCUUCCACAGCUGGGAGAACAGCUGCCACCAAAGCAAGGCUGGACACUCUGUGCCCAGAGCCCCCUCUGCAGCUGGCCUCUCCUCCCAGAAGCCCCUGCUCAUUCUCACCUCACUUUUUUCCCUCCUCUGCCUGGCUCCUAUCAAGGCCUUGGAACAGCCCUAGGAGAGGAAGUUUUGUCACAGAAGCCAGAGGGGUCUGACAGGACUGCAGAGGGACAGGGACAGCCUCCUCAUUCUGUCUUGAGCUGGACACCUCUCUCAAGCCCAGGGAGCAGUGGGAGGAGGAACUGAGGGACAGCCUGCUGCCUAUCUGACCUCUCUCUGGGCAGCAAGGGAAGGGCUCUAGGGGAUACAGAGAUGCAGGACAGAUUGCACAUCCUGGAGGACCUCAAUAUGCUCUACAUUCGGCAGAUGGCACUCAGCCUGGAGGACACAGAGUUACAGAGGAAACUAGACCAUGAGAUCCGGAUGAGGGAAGGGGCCUGCAAGCUGCUGGCAGCCUGCUCCCAGCGAGAGCAGGCUCUGGAGGCCACCAAGAGUCUGCUGGUGUACAGCCGGAUUCUCAGCUACAUGGGCGAACUGCAGAGGCGCAAGGAGGCCCAGGUGCUGGAGAAGACAGGCCGGCGACCUUCCGACAGUGUGCCGCCCCCUGAGCGUUCCCCUUGCCGUGGCCGGGUCUGCAUCUCGACCCUCCGGAUCCCACUCAUGUGGAAGGACACAGAAUAUUUCAAGAACAAAGGCGACCUGCAACCGCUGGCUGUGUUCCUGCUGCUGCAGCUCGAACAGAUUCAGGACACAGAGAUGGUCCUGGUGGACAGGACGCUCACAGACAUCUCUUUUCAAAACAAUGUGCUCUUUGCUGAGGCAGGGCCGGACUUUGAACUGCGGCUGGAGCUGUAUGGCCUGUUGGAAGAGGAGGGGGCCCUGGCUGGUGCCCCCAAGAGGCUUGCCACCAAACUCAGCAGCUCCCUGGGCCGUUCCUCGGGGAAGCGUGUCAGGGCUUCGCUGGACAGUGCUGGGGGCUUCCGGAACAGUCCCAUCCUGCUGCCUACCCCAGCUUUGGGGGUCCCGCGGUACCACCUCUUGGCCCACACCACUCUCACCUUAGCAGCUGUGCAAGAUGGAUUCCGUACACAUGACCUCACCCUCGCCGGUCAUUGGUGUAACCCUGCCUGGCUGCCCCUUUACGGUAGCGUGUGUUGCCGCCUGGCAGCCCAGCCUCUCUGCAUGACUCAGCCACUGCAAAGCGGUACCUCAGGGUCCUUUAUGCAGCAAGCUGGGGAGCUACAGAAUGGGACACUCGUGCACGGAGUCCUGAAAGGCACAAACCUCUUCUGUUAUGGGAGAUGCGAAGAUGCAGACACCGGGCAAGAACCACGGUUUACUGUCGCCAUCAACAAGGAGACUAGGGUCCGGGCAGGGGAGCUGGAACAGGCCCGGGAAUGGCCUUUCACCCUCAGCAUCAGCAACCGCUACGGAGAUGACGAGGUGACCAACACCCUCCGGGUGGAGAGCAGAGAAGCCCUGCAGAACUGGAUGGAGGCACUGUGGCAGCUCUUCUUCGACAUGAGCAGCUCCUGCAGCUGGCGCUCUCCUCGCAGGCCAGUGAAGCAUUGCUGUGAUGAAGUCAUGAAAAUCGAAGCUCCUGCACCCCGGAAACCCCCACAAGCACUGGCCAAGCAGGGGUCCUUAUACCACGAGAUGGCUAUUGAGCCACUAGACGACAUCGCUGCUGUGACCGACAUCCUGGCCCAGCGGGAGGGCACAAAGCUGGAGCCGCCCCCACCCUGGCUAGCAAUGUUUACAGACCAGCCUGCCUUGCCUAGCUCCUGUGCACCUGCCUCAGUGGCCCCAGUCCCAACCUGGACACAACCCCUGCCCUGGGGGCGACCCCGAACCUUUUCCCUGGAUGCUGCACCCCCAGAUCACUCCCUCGGGGCUUCUCGCUUGGUUGCACCCCUCCCCCCGCAGCGAUCCCCACAAUCCAGAGGCUUCUACAGCAAAAGUCAGCUCCGCACAUGGCUCCAGUCCCCAGUGUGAGAGAGGCACCAACAUCAGGAUCUGGCCAAGAAAGAAAACGACCCAAGGGCAACUGGGUUCUAGGUCCAGCACUGUAGGGCGCUGGGCUCCUCUUCCUCCACUGGACUAGGAAGGAAAGCUGGGGAGGGGUAACAGAAGCCCCUCAAGCUGUGGUUACCAUGGUACUGAGUAGGCCAUUUCUGGAGCUGGUCGGGAUCCCCUAGCUCUCUACCUGGGAGAAAACUGGAAGAACCCUGCCCUGCCUCCCUGCACUAACCAGCCUCGA